AUGCUCGCAUUACUCCUGUUACCUUUGCUAGCAUGGACAGCACUCUCUGCUCCUUUAGAGUUAAGAGCACCAAAAUACAAUACGACGGCCAUGGACAUAGCUCUAAAACGGGGUGCAGGAAUCUUAGGACCAUACUCCAAGUGUUCAGGCUCGAUGUGUUCUUGGAUGUCAAAAGUGUCAGACUCGACCAAGUUCACUGAUUUAUCAGUUCCAGGUACUCAUGAUACUGCUUCUUGGGACUAUACACCCCUCAGACAGAUCUCUUAUUUGAAAUAUACCAACAUCAUAUACCCCUCACCAAUAUAUCGAUGUGGAAAACAAUCUAUUUUCGCUCAGUUGCAAUCUGGUAAUAGAGCGUUUGAUCUUCGAGUUGGAUUCGCACCAAAUGGGAAUGAUUUGAUUUUCUUUCAUUCAGAAGCUAUAUUAGAUAUUAAUGCAAGGCUCCAAGAUGUCUUGUAUGGAUUUUACAAGUUUUUGGAUGAAAAUCCAACUGAAAGUCUAGUUCUCAGUAUCAAGGUCGAAAAUUCAACAUGGGGAACACCUUCGUCACUUCAGACAUCCCUCUAUUCUUCCCUCACUUCACAAUCGGCACUCCCAUACGUAAAUCCUACCCCAUCCCUAUCGACCCUCUCACUCUCUUCUCUCCGUGGUAAAUUGAUCAUCCUUAGACGCUUUUCUCUUGAUCAAUUACCAUCAAAGCAACAAUCACUAGGAAUAGACGUAAACAACGGUUGGGCGGAUAAUAAUCCUGAUUUCACUCUGACUACUCCUGCAGGAGACCAAAUCCACAUUGAAGAUUAUUACGAAAUCACAGCUUCAGUAGGAGUGACUCCUCACGUCAAUGCGAAAUUAUCAGUAACUACAAAUCACAUCACUACCGCUUCGGGAAAAACGGAAGGUGAUGGUCUAUAUAUUACUUUUGCAAGUUCUGAAAAAGAUGAUGAGCUCCUCACUCCUCAAAUCAUGGCAGAUGGCUUAAUCGUACCCGGAGUCAAUCAAGGUUUGAAGAAUUUCUUGACUACUGGAAAAGGAAAAGGAUUGAAGAGAAGAGGUAUCAUUUUCACGGAUUUCUCAAGUGACACUUCUGGUUUAGUAGAAGCUAUCAUUGCGUAG